GAGGCGAGAGGGGGCCAGGACGGGCGAGAGCGGCUGGGCUGGGGCAGGAGAGCAGGGACCGCUGUUGGGGGAGGCUGUUGGUUCGGCUCCCCGCCUCAGGGGCCACCGGCUCGUUCCCCACCCAGCCGCGGGGUCCCGAUUCGCGGGCUCCUGCCCAGGGCCGGGACUCGACUCAGCGCGACCCACAUUCCGAGUCGAUGUGUCUGUCACGGGGGGGGCGGGCGGGACCCUGAGCGCCCCCCGCCGGCGCUGCCGUGCAGGGGCCUCCGAGCGCAGCGACCACCCCGCGGGGAGCGCAGCGGGGCGCCAGCGAAGUCCUGCGCAAGUUCGGCGUCCGGCUGCCUGUGCCAGCCCCCGCCGGAGGCGCGGAGCAGCGCUGCGUGGCCCCUGCACGGGGGGGGGCGAUACCUGAACCGGAGGGGAUCACAUCCGACAGACGGGCAGAGGGCCCCCGGGGAGCCCUAGUGCGGGUCCGCAGCCGCCGGAGGGGGGGGCGCGGGGCGACCCCACUCUCCCCAUCCCCCACCAGGCUUGUUGUUACGCAGCUUGAAUGAAUGGGCCUUGCGCGCAUGCGCCGUGCUGGGCAGAAGUUUAUAAACAAGGGCAGCUUCCAGGCGCUGAUCACAUGACCGGGGGGGGGGAGAGGGAGGACUGGCAGCUGCGGAGCCUGUUUCCUCCCUGCAGCCUGUGGCUAACAAACCCUCCAGCCGGGCCUUGGUCUGUCACCGCGCGACUCCCUGCGCUCGCCCCUGCGGGGACAGCCUUACCGGCGUCGGCUUCGCUCAACCUGCCCACUGGGCUUGUGGUUCAUUGCCUACAUCCAGGCUUCUUUGUCUUGUGAGUCAAGGACAGGCCUUUCUACUGCUGUGUGUUUGGACAGUGGCUGGUUGCAAGUGCUGCUGCAGUAUAAAUAAGAAUAACCCCACAUCCCGUUCUGGAAGUUGGUGGUUGCCUAAUGACCAUGAUCUAAUUACAUUUAUUAGGGGCAAACCGAGGAUAGUCCCGACCAGUAGUUUGUAUAGCGCAGACCCUCCCCCCUCUUUAUCUAGUCUAAUUGAAACGGGCUAGAUCAGAUGAUCAAAAAUUCAGAGAUAAUCUGGAGAAUGGGAACGUGAGAGGACGCGGUGCCAUCUAGCGGCCCUGGGAGAGAUGGCCUGCUUCUGGACCUGUGUGGGCUGAGGUGAAUUAUGAGCAAAAUUUAGACAGAAGAAUGUGAAUGGAAAUUGGGGGCCUUAAAAGAAAAAAUUACUAGCUGGCUGAAAAGCCAUAAAUGCACAGGACAACUUUGGGUGGAUGAUAAGCAAUGAUUUCUUGGGGGAAAACAAUUUUUGAUGUUUGUAUUUGAAUUAAAUACAGGUAUAGAGUGUUAAACUAGCUUUUGACAGUAGCUUCUUCUGAAGGUGCAGAGAGAUUAUUUUCGUUUUAGUUUAUUCAAGUAGUUUAGGUCAGUGACUCGCAACCUUUCCAGACUACUGUACCCCUUUCAGUAAUCGGAUUUGACUUGCAUGCCCCUAAGUUUCACUGCACUUAAAAGCUAUUUGCAUACAAAAUCAGGCAUAAACAUACAAAAGUGUCUCAGCACUGAAAAAUUGCUUAUUUUUCAUUUUUACCAUAUAAUUAUAAAAUAAAUCUAUUAGAAUAUAAAUACUGUACUUACAUUUGAGUGUAUAGUAAGUAUAUAGAGAAGUAUAAAGUCAUUGUAUGAAAUUUUAGUUUGUACUGACUUCAACAGGCUACAUAAAAUGCGCUAGUGUAAAACUAGGCAAAUAUCUCAAUGAGUUGAUCUAUCCCUGGAAGACCUCUGCAUAUCCCCAGGGGUAGUUUACCUCUGGUUGAGAACCACUGGCUUAGAUCAAUGACUAGUUAAUUCAAAGUUCGGAAACCAAUUCAAAAGCUUGUUUUCCUCUUCCAUCUGUGAAUAAAAACAAGGUCUGAGAGAAUGAGCUACCAGUUCUAAAAUCUUGAAGAACAUGGUGACCAGAAACAAUCAGUUCAAUUCACUAACUACAGAUAUUUCCUUUGUUUAAUAAACGAGUUAGUUUUAUAUGUAAAACAUGUUUUCAUAAUUUUUUAAUAAAAUUUUAUGUAUCCAGUACAGCAAAUGUAGUUUUAUUUAUCUUAAAAAACUAUUUUAAAAUGUUUCUGUGCAUUUAAUUGAGUUUUAAUUCCCAUCUAGAUAGAGCUUGACACAAAUCACAAGUAAAAAAUUAAUAGUCAUCUAGGAUGCAUCAUUCACUAUUUCUGACGUAAAAAAUUAAGAAUCUGAAUAAAAGUAAAUUAAGUAGAUUGCGCAAAUUAAUCUCUGUAUAUAUAUUUAGAUAUAGUUUUCUCCUGGUUAGCAAAAAAAAGCAUGAAAUUUAGUGUGUAUUUAGGUGCAAAUCAACAUGUUUUAAUGGUUACCAACCAAAAAGAACUAACCUUUCUUUAGGAAAAUAACUAAAAAGUACAAUUGCAAAACAAGAUUAAAAUCAAUUAUUUAACUCAAGGUUUUCUGCUCGCUGAUUUAAAUUAUGAUUAAAUUCAGUGAUUUAAAUCAUUUUGAUUUUAAAUCAAUCCACCCGGACACUAGACGUUAUUGAACAUCCUCCUCAGUUAUAAUCAACUGAAAAAUACUUCAUCUUCCUUAUAUGAUAUGAAUACUACCAUCCUUCUUUUUUCCAAAUAUAGAACAGAAAUAUUUAUUGUACGCUUCUGCCUUUUUUGCAUCAUUAUGAACACUUCUACCAUCUCAAUUUAGUACUGAGCUUAUACCAUUGCUAGGAUUUCUUUUGUUCCUGGUAUACUUAAACUCCUUCUUGUACUUAGCCUUGCCAGCCAUGGAAUUUUUUUUAGGUUUCCUUAUCAACAUUACGCACUUCAUAGCUUCUAAAAUAUGCAAUUUGCUAUCUAUGUCUCCCUCUCUACAUUUGUUAUAUAUUGCUUUUUUAUUUCUAACUGUUCCCUUUAUAUGUCCACUGAACCAGGCCAUGAUGGACUAUUAGCCAGGGUGGAUUGAUUCAAAAAGUAAAAGUUUUAUAACAGUUAUAACAUGAGUUAUCAACAUCAGAUGUCAACAUAUGCAAAAUAAAUAUUCUUAAAUAAAACUUUAGGUUCUCAAGCAGCAUUUUUCUUACUUUGCCUGUCUGUAAAUUUUGAUUAUUGUAGUUGGAAAUAUUUUCUAAUCAGUUUGUAUGUGUAUGGUCAAAUCAACAUUUACUGAUAAAAAUUGAAUACUUCCAAGUCUAAAAAUAUGCUUAAUCAAACACAAGUUAUUGGGCUCAAUGCAGGGAUAACAGGAUGAAAUUUAGUGCCUGUGAUACAGGAGGUCAGACAAGAUGAAUUAAUGGUCCCUUCUGGCCUUAACAUUUAUGAAACUGUAAUUCACACCUAGUCUCUUAUCUAAUAUGUCUUCUAAAGCGUGGUGGUUCACUCGUACAAAAGUCAAAAUGAAAACGGUGUCCCAGUCCUCAGAAGCUUAUAGCAUUUUUAAUUUCUUGCAGUAGGUAGACAUGCUCCCCUUUCCUGUCCAACUUUCUAAAGACUUCCAAUGCCCCUUAAAAUCUGGCCUAUGAACUGCAUGAUCCUGGAGUAAUUUGGGGGUUAAAUAAAAUGUAUAAGCAUGUACAUGCAACUUUCAUUUGGAGAUAAUUAUGCUGUUAUCCAAUUCAAACAGGUAAGAGGAUCCUAUGUGUGGCAUUUAAACGGUUUGUGUAGACUAGCACUUCUUUGACCCUCCUCAGAGAAUAAAAGACAGCUUGUAGAAUUGGAUAAAGCCAUUGGAGUUCAGUAUGUCUAAUUCUAAAAUACUCUGUAUACAGCAUAAUAUAUUGUUUUACUGGAUUUUCUGAGACUUUGGCAGUUGGUUGAGGGGAAAAUAAUGCCAAAAGGAAAACCACAGGAUAUAGUUUCACCCAAACAUCCCGGCUCAAUGUGGCUUUGGUAGAUGUUGCUCAUCUUUUGCCAGAAGUCUCACUAAACCCCAUUUUUUGAAUAGAGAUACUUAUCCAUUUUAAUAGAAGGUAUAUAUCCCAAUAAAUAAACUCAUUAAUUAUUGUCAAUUUCUUAAACAUGAACAGCUCAACUAAUUUUUAAAAGUUGUGUUUAUACAGUCAUUCACAUUUGUCUUUGUUGACCAAAGGAAAUAAAAUGUUGUUACAAUGUUGUGCUACAAUUCUGUACUUCUAGCAAAUAUAUUUAUCACAAACGUUUUUGAGCAUGAAACUGAAUUAAAAAGAAAACCAUCUGUACUCUCAGGCUAAUUACUGUUUAUUCCAUGGCAGUAACAUCCUAGGGGAGAGAAAAAAGCAUAUGAUGCCCAAAUCAGACUUUAAUCUACCAGGAUAAAACAUUGCAAAAUGAACUUGGACCCAUUUUUUUUCUUUCUUAUUUGUCGAAGGCGUUUCUAGACUUUUGCAUACGAGAGAUUUUUGUCUGGUAAAAUUAUUGAGAGCUGGAAACAUCAACUCAUUUGCUGACUGGACCUCAUGCACCCUGUACAGGUUGUAUUGGUCAUAGGCUUUGAAUUUUAUUAGGGACAGAAAAAUCAAGGAGAAAAAAACAAAUCCAUGGAAGAAGAGAAGGAGGAAGCAGAGAGAACACAAGGGACAGCAAAACUAGGUGGAAGGGAGGAAAAGAAGGGCAUAGACAGAAAAGAAGAGAGAACAGCCUCAAGAACGGAUAGUACUCUGAUUUGUUGUGAUCCCUUCUCCACCUCCUCAUGAAGGGCCAGACCCAGAUGGAGGAUGGGGAGAAAAAAGCCAGAAAGAAAAUAGAAUGAAGGAAGGAAAUAGGGAUGUCAGAAAAUUUGAAGCAUCCUAACAUGGUGUGGGAAGUGAAGACGAAUCAAAUGCCUAAUGCAGUACAGAAACUCCUGUUUGUAGUGGACAAGAGAACUUCAGGGAUGAGUGAGUCAUUGGAGUUACUGAAAUGUAAUGAGAACCUGCCAUCUUCUCCUGGAUAUGCAUCCUGUGAUGAGCACAUGGAGCUUGAUGAUCUUCCUGAACUACAGGCUGUUCAGACUGAUACUACCCCAUCUGCGCUCUUUCAGCUUGGUACAGAUGUUUCACAUCAAGAAUAUUCAAGGCCUUCAUGGAACCAGCAUACCUCGAAUAACAAUUCAGAAAGUGCUUAUUCUUGUGAGAAUGGGGUGAGCUGGUUGACAGAACUGGCAAACAUAGCCACUAGUCCACAGAGUCCUCUCAUGCAGUGUUCUUUUUAUAACAGAUCAUCUCCUGUUCAUAUAAUAGCAACAAGCAAAAGUUUACAUUCCUAUGCACGUCCUCCACCAGGAUCCUCAAAGAGUGAUCCCAGCUUCUCUAAGCAUCACUUAGAUGAAACAUCAGUCAGACAUGAAAGGGCAAGUAGUGAAUCAGAGUCUGGUAUUUUCUGCAUGUCAUCGCUUUCAGACGACGACGAUCUAGGAUGGUGCCACUCUUGGCCCUCAACUGUUUGGCACUGUUUUUUAAAAGGCACACGUUUAUGCUUUCACAAAGGACACAACAAAGAAUGGCAGACUGUUGAACAUUUUAUUAGAGCUGAAGGCUGUGAAAAUGAGGACGAUCUCCUAAUGGGAACUUACAAGGACUAUGGUUCUGAUGGUUUGAAGUUGAUAUCUCAUGAAGAAAGUAUUUCAUUUGGUGAGUCAGUAUUGAAGUUGACAUUUGAUCCUGGUACAGUGGAAGAUGGCUUGCUCACCGUAGAGUGCAGAUUGGAUCAUCCAUUUUAUGUUAAAAAUAAAGGUUGGUCGUCUUUCUAUCCAAGCUUGACUGUGGUUCAGCAUGGCAUUCCAUGCUGUGAAAUGCAUAUUGGAGAUUUGUGUCUACCUCCAGGACACCCCGACGCCAUUAACUUUGAUGAUUCAGGUGUUUUUGAUACGUUUAAAAGUUAUGAUUUUACACCAAUGGAUUCUUCUGCAGUUUAUGUAUUAAGCAGCAUGGCUCGUCAGCGUCGUGCUUCUUUAUCUUGUGGAGGAUCGGGCAGUCAAGACUUUGAGAGAUCAGAAUGCAGUAAAAACUGUGUGGCUGAUGGAUCAUCACAGCUUUCCUCCAGUUCUUUGUGUAGUAAAGCUGGCAAAAGCCACAGCUCAGGGACUGCAAGUACUAUGAGUGCCACUUCUCCUAACAAAUGCAAAAGACCAAUGAAUGCCUUCAUGCUUUUUGCCAAAAAGUACAGAGUUGAAUAUACUCAGAUGUAUCCAGGGAAAGAUAACAGAGCCAUAAGUGUGAUACUUGGUGACAGGUGGAAGAAAAUGAAAAAUGAAGAAAGACGGAUGUACACGCUAGAAGCCAAGGCUUUGGCUGAAGAACAAAAACGUUUAAAUCCUGACUGUUGGAAACGGAAACGAACAAAUUCAGGCUCACAACAACAUUAAAUCGGAAUUUUACUGUUCUUAACUAUAUUUACAAAACGGCUGACACAUGAUGGAGAGAUUUAUGAAGAUCAAGGUCUUACCAUUUGUUGUGAAUUUGUGAGACCACAAAAUACUGGCAUUAUCAAGUCAGAAAAUGAUUUAACAUGAGUGAGGAUUUGCUUUUUACAAUAGAGCAUUCAGUAAGCUAAAACUAUCAACAUUUUAAACCAAAUUGCCUUAUUUUUCUUCCAAACUUCAUAUAUGUCUAUCAGGUAAUAUAGGCUUGAAAAUGGAUAUCCUGUGGUGCUAAGUAAAUUAGGAAAAAGAAGAGGAGCUGUGUAUAAAUGUUUUAUUUUUUAAAAAUGUACAAAAAGGGGAAUUUUAAAAUAUGUAACAGCUGUUUAUACAUUGAUUUCUAUUGCUGAUUAAUAUGUAUUGCACAAGCCAUGUAAUUAAUUAUGAUUCUGGGAGCUGGGAUUUCCUGAAAUGACAGAAAGCAUUAGAGAACUCCUAGUCUGCCCCAUGCCAACAAGCUACCAGAUUGUGUGGUAAGUGGACAGUGUAGUGUACCAUAGCAAGAGAGUUGCCUAGUGGGGUGCCACAUAUACAAAUUAUAUCCAUGGUGUGAUGUUUUUGCACCAGCUGACAAUACUGUGAGCUAUUAUUUCCAAUGGAAAUAAUGGCCUGGGCCAGGAUGAAAUGAAUUAAUAGCAUUGCAUUAUCUCAAGAAAAUAUUGCAAAUGAUGAUUGUCACCAUUGUACUUUUAACUUUGUGUUUUGUCUCCUCUGCCACAUAGUCUAUGAUUAUAUAUUUUUUUGCCAUAAGAUAUCUUUAUGGUGGGGGCAAACUUUGCACUUAUGUAGGUGCAACACUUGCACUUUACUUUUUUCCUCCAACUGUCUAAAAUUAGGCCAGAUACAUUAAAAUUACAGCUGCUUUUGCUGUAAACUUUUACAAUCAUGGCUGUUCGUUACUAAACAAGCAGUGUGGUUCUUUUUUAAGAAUCACAGCUGCAAAUUAAUUGUUCAUGAUACAUGUCUACAGGAUGUUGCCCCUAAGAUUUUUGCACACUAUAUUCUUGUAUAUUAUUUCAAAUAAAUUUGUAAAACUUC